UCUCUGCCGCUCUCUCAACAACGCGGGCGCUCGGUUGCCCCUCACCCCCCCACGUGCUACUGGUAGAGCUUGGCCGCGGCCUCUACCUGCUUAACCAUGGUUAACUUCACUACGGAUCAGCUCCGUGAGAUCAUGGAUAAGAAGCACAACAUCCGGAACAUGUCCGUGAUCGCGCACGUGGACCACGGCAAGUCCACGCUGACUGACUCGCUCGUGUCCAAGGCCGGCAUCAUCGCCGCGAAGAACGCGGGCGAGGCCCGUUUUACCGACACCCGUCAGGACGAGCAGGACCGCUGCAUCACCAUCAAGUCCACCGGCAUCUCUAUGUUCUUCGAGUACAACCUCGACGCCGGAGAGAAGGUGGCGCGCCAGGAGCUCGAGGCUAAGGCCUCCAAGAGCGCCGGCGAGUCCGCUGAGGACGCUAAGGUGGCCGCCGAAGCCGCGGCCGCUGCCGGAGAGGCCAACGACACACCCAAGGCCGACCACGUCCAGAUCGACGAGACCUCUUUCCUCAUCAACCUCAUCGAUUCGCCCGGUCACGUCGACUUCUCGUCCGAGGUUACCGCCGCUCUCCGUGUAACCGACGGUGCCCUUGUGGUGGUCGACUGCGUCGAGGGUGUUUGCGUGCAGACGGAAACGGUGCUUCGCCAGGCUAUCGGCGAGCGUGUCAGGCCCGUCCUCAUGGUUAACAAGGUGGACCGCGCUCUCUUGGAGCUCCACCUCCCCCCGGAGGAGAUGUACCAGUCCUUCGCCCGUGCCAUCGAGUCGGUGAACGUUAUCAUCGCCACCUACAACGAUGAGCUGCUCGGCGACGUGCAGGUGUACCCCGACAAGGGUACCGUCGCCUUCGGGUCCGGCCUCCACCAGUGGGGCUUCACCCUCAAGAAGUUCGCCAAGAUCUACGCGGCGAAGUUCGGCACCCAGGAGGAGAAGAUGAUGCAGAAGCUGUGGGGCGACUGGUACUUCGACGCCGCCGGCAAGAAGUGGAAGAAGAACAGCGACAACGGCAAGCUUGAGCGUGCCUUCUGCCAGUGGAUCAUGUCCCCCAUCUGCAAGAUGUUCGACGCCAUCAUGGACGACAAGAAGCAGAAGAUCCAGAAGAUGCUUACCGCGGUGGGCGUGACCCUCAAGGGCGAGGAGAAGGAGCUUGUCGGCAAGCCCCUCCUGAAGCGCGUCAUGCAGAAGUGGCUACCCGCCGCCGACGCUGUUCUGGAGAUGAUCGUGGUCCACCUGCCGUCCCCCCCCCAGGCCCAGAAGUACCGUGUGGAGAACCUUUACGACGGGCCCCUCGACGACGAGGUGGCCAACUCCAUCCGUACCUGCGACACUUCCCCCGGUGCCCCUCUUUGCAUGUACGUGUCCAAGAUGGUGCCCACCUCCGACAAGGGUCGCUUCUACGCCUUCGGCCGCGUGUUCGCGGGCACCAUCGCCACCGGCCAGAAGGUGCGCAUCCUCGGCCCCAACUACGUCCCCGGAAAGAAGUCGGACCUCUGGGUGAAGAACAUCCAGCGGACCAUCAUCAUGAUGGGCCGGUACGUGGAGCAGGUGCAGGACAUCCCGGCGGGUAACACGUGCGGUCUCGUGGGCGUGGACCAGUACCUUCUCAAGUCGGGAACCAUCACGACCUCGGACACCGGGCACUGCAUCAAGACGAUGAAGUUUAGCGUGUCCCCCGUCGUGCGCGUGGCCGUCGAGCCGAAGAACCAGGCGGACCUGCCCAAGCUGGUGGAGGGCAUGAAGCGGCUGUCGAAGUCGGACCCCAUGGUUCUGUGCUACACGGAGGAGUCUGGCGAGCACAUUAUCGCCGGAUGCGGAGAGCUUCACUUGGAGAUCUGCCUCAAGGACCUCCAGGAGGACUUCAUGGGCACUGACGUUAAGAUCUCGGAGCCGGUUGUGUCCUACCGCGAGACCGUGUCGGCGGAGUCGAGCACCCAGUGUCUCUCCAAGUCGCCCAACAAGCACAACCGUCUGUACCUGUCCGCGUGCCCCCUGGAGUCGGGCAUCCCCGAGGACGUGGAGGAGGGCCGUCUUAACCCCAGGGACGACGCCAAGACGCGCGCCCGCUACCUCGCCGACACGUACAGCUGGGACGUGAGCGAGGCCCGUAAGAUCUGGGCCUUCGGCCCCGAGGGAACCGGAACCAACAUCUUCGUCGACGUUACCAAGGGUGUCAACUACUUGGGCGAAAUCAGGGAGUCGGUUAUCGGAGGCUUCAACUGGGCCAUGAACGAGGGCCCCAUGACGGAGGAGAAGGUACGCGGAGUACGGUUCAACCUCCUGGAUGUGGUCCUCCACGCCGACGCCAUCCACCGCGGUAUGGGACAGAUCAUGCCCACCGCUCGCCGUGUGGUGUACGCGUCCAUGCUGACGGCCUCGCCCAUGCUCCUGGAGCCCGUCUUCCUGUGCGAGAUCUCGUGCCCCCAGGACGCUAUGGGCGGCUGCUACGGCGUGCUCACCCAGCGCCGCGGGCACGUGUUCGCGGAGGAGCAGCGCCCGGGAACCCCGAUGAUGACGCUGAAGGCGUACCUGCCCGUCAUGGAGUCGUUCGGGUUCACGAAGGACCUCCGCUCCAACACCGGCGGCAAGGCGUUCCCCCAGUGCGUGUUCGACCACUGGCAGGAGAUGAGCGGAGACCCGCAAUCCGAGGGCUCGAAGUCGUACACGGUCGUGAGGGAAGUCCGCAAGAGGAAGGGCCUCGUCGAGGACAUCCCGCCCCUGGACCGCUACCUGGACCGCUUGUAAGCCGUACGGUGAUGAAGGCGACGGCGGGUCGCCGGAGCGGGGUGGCGUUCCGGCGGGGCUCGGUUAGGCGGGCACAAAGAAAAUUGGGGCGUUUUUGUUGGCCCCACGUUGCUUUGCGGACGUAGUUGGCUUGCUUGUUGAAGCAACAACCUCUUGAGGGGUGUAGCCAAGGGUGGGUAGGCGUUAGGCUUUCUUGCGGACGUCUUGGUCUUGCUCUGCAUGCCCUUUGCUUUUUGUUGUUCGAGGAAGUUUGUCGUGGGGCGAUCUAGACGUGUACAAGAAACGCUGCUGUGGGCGUUUUCCACCUUGUUGUGAAAGACUCAUGAAUGUGAUGAAGAAGUUCCCUCUUGGUGUUUCCGGAGCUCGGGCUGCGCAGCGUGUGCGGACCGAAUUGAUGGAGGCUGUCGAGUAGUUGAGCGGGUGUGUGUUUCAUAUCUACCCAUCUUGUUUUCCACGCAUGACCAUUGUUUUGUCGCGGGAUUGAAUGAACAUGCUGCUCUUCUUCUUUUUCGUGGUGGGAGGGAUGAGUAGUAAGAGAAAGCUUCGUUUGUGGGGUGGGUUUUGAUCCUCCUUUGAGUCGGUGUCACAUCCCAUUCGAGCUUGGCGUGUCCCGCGAAUUGAACCAGCGGGUUGUCUCCAAUCAACAAUGUUCGCCCCCUG